ACAGAGGAUUAUGGUCUGGAAAUAACCAACAAUGGGCCCAUCACAACAGGAGCUCAAGCUACUGUUCACGCCAGUCUAAGUAUAAAGAAUGACAGUGCCGCAUCAGACUUGUAUCACUUCAACUGGAUUUAUGCUCCUCUGAUUCUGAUAGAGAAAUCUGAGCAGCAGUUUAAUUCCGUGAUUAAUGUCACUGGUGAAUUUCCUGGGACUUUUCCUGUAUCUGUCUGGGUGACUAACAGAAACUGUUGGUUAUGUCGGCCGAUUGCUAGAAAUGUCACCGUGCUCCGGAUUACAGAAUUUAUCACAGGGAACCUCACCAUUGCCCAGAUAGAAGACAGUAGAUUUAUCACACGUGGUGCUAGUUCCUCUAUGGGUGCCGUGACCCGGAUUUCUUUCUGUCUGCAUGAUCCAAGUCAUUACUUCAAGUCAGCAUCGUUUGUCUACAACUGGGAUUUUGGAGAUGGAGUUUAUCAGAUUACCAAGGAACCUUUUGUCUACUCUAACUGCUCCACCAUGGGGAAUCGCUCGGUGCAUCUGAAAGUCAUAGCUGAAUGGGAGCAAAUUGGGAGCAUCAUACAUGAAAGAGAAACAGUGCAGAAAACUGGUGAUUUUAGCUCUGCUCUGGAGCUGCUAGAUGCUGUUAAAAGUAUUAAUGUAGUGGGCUCCAGAGAGACUCACAUAAUGGAAAACUUGAGUUUAUCUCUUCAUAUCAAUGGCACCCCACCGCUGGCGUUAUGCUGGCUCAUAAAGUCCGAGUGCAUUCCACUGGAAGGUGACAAAUGCCAUCUGGUGGUAAUUAAUGGCUCCUGCUACAAUCUCAGCCAUACCUUCAGUGAUGCUGGACAGUAUUGCCUCAGUGUCAGAGUGGAGAAUGGCGUGACAAUGCUGCAGACGUACCGUGAAAUCAAAGUGUGGCCAACAGGGAUCCACCCGGCCUUCUUUGUCCUGCUCUGCAUCACUCUGGUUUCAGUGACACUAGGAUUGGUGCUGUACACAACCUUUCGAAGUAACACACAACAAAAAGAUCUCGUGGAGGUAGCUGACUUCGACUUUUCUCCACUGUCUGAUGAAAACCUGUCUUCUCAUUCGGAGUCAGGCUGUGGCCAGAUAUGUUGCAGAUCAUGUUUUCCUCAGUCAUCUGAAGAAGCUGCUAGGGAGAGUCAUGAACUUCUACACUCUUUUUACAAGCCAGUCAAAACGUACACAGUGUGAAGAACACAACUGCACUUUGGUUAGGCUAACUGCUGAAUUUAACUUUCUCACUUAUGCUGAGUUAAAAGCCCAGUGCUGCAUAAAUGUUUUGGUUUUGCCAAUGCAAUAAGGUUAACCGCUUAAAGUCCAGCACUUGAGCAUUUCACUCUCUGAACUAAAAAAGAGCAAGCCCCGGAACACAGUAAAAGUAUCUUUAUAUUUUUAAAUUAUAUGGGUGUAUACAUUUACAGCUGUAAAUGCAGCAUUUUAUUCUUAUGAAAGAUUGUUUUAUGCACAGGUUUGCUAAACACACUACCUCUUGUAAUCUUUCUGUUCCUUUUGCUGAAUGGUCAAAGAAGAAAAUGCUUAAGACAAACACAUCUUUCUUUCCUAUGUUACAGCAAUAUUACUGGAACUGGAAGUCACCCAA